GCGCGUUCAGCAGAACAAAUCGCUUGGUAGCAAUCGAACAUGAUUGGCUCUUACUUUUAGAACCAACAAAUCAACGUUAAGUGUUGACUAGACGACAAUUCAGCAGUUGUUCUGCUGAACGCAGCCAUUCUCUUACACAGAGCACAUGCAUUAAGUUCUAUACAUACUGGAGCGAGCCUUCCUAUCCCGAACAAAGAAAACUGCGUCCGCGAUUUAGAAAAGGACACAUAUAGCAAUGUGAGGAUUUCUGUCUCUUUUUACGUUAUGCUGAAAACAUACGCUGGACAAGGAAGACUAGCCUCACGUAAAUCUAUCUGUCUUUUUCGACCGAGACAUCCCCACUCCUGAAAGGCUCGCUCCAGUAUGUUAUAGAACUCAAUGGACACAUGCUGUGACAUUCGUACAUUUGUGUGGUGGUGUCACUGACGAGAAGAGGUGAGAGAGAAAAUUUAUUUUAUUUUUUAUCAAAAUGGUUAAAUGUAUUGUGUCAGGAUGCUCGAUUACAAAUUCUGACAAAAAAAGUGACAUUCAGAAAGCAUUGGAGCAAAAUAUAAAAAUUAGUUUACAUAGGUUACCAAAAAAUGUAAACAGAAGAAAAUUGUGGCUCAAAAAUAUUGGUUUACACGAAGAUACAAAUUUGAAAAAAACUGCAUCAGUCUGUUCUUUACAUUUUAAAGAGGAAGAUAUAAAUAGAACUUUAGAUAAAAUUGUUUUACAUGAAAACGCAGUACCUUAUAGCGAAGCCUUUAUCUAUGACAUGCAUAAACAGGAGAACAUUGAAAAUGAACAGAAUUGUUUAAAUUUAUCAUUUUCUGUAGAUGGUAACCAACUUUCAAAUUUAGAAACAUCAUCAAAUGAUACUCAUUGUGCAAAAAAACUAAAUAUGGGGAAUCAGGAAAACAAUCAUCAAGAGGAAAAUAUUUCCAUGCAAGUUGAUAAACAAACGCUUCUCAAUGAAUGCACUGGAGAAUUAAUUUUGAAAGAAGAAUAUUUACUAGCUGUUGUAAAUAUACUGUUUUAAGAUGAACUUCAAGAACAUACUACAGUGCUGGAUGAAAAACUUCUCGAUAAGUGUAUUUCUUCAAUAAAUUUCUCUGGACAUUUCAAUUCAACAGUUAGUCGCUCAACAUCUGUCAGUCCUCUACAUUUUCAAGAUGACAAAGUCACUAUAAAGUGUUUAAAAGCGUCUUUUAAGGAGUAUAAACGGAGAAGUCAACAAAUAAUAAGAAAUCUUAAACGCAAAUUAAAACGAAAAAAUCUGAAGUAGAUUUUGAUAUAGUUAUAGCUUCUUUAAAAUCAUUAUUAAAUAAAAGUCAUGUACAUAUCUUAGAAUAAAUGGAUAAGUGUAAUAAAGAGUUCUUGAAAAGAA